AGCGGCCGCGGGGACAAUGGCGGCUGUUGGUGGGAGCGCCGUUUUUCGGGUCAUGUUUAAAGCCCCAGGGAUCGGCCGCAGCGGGUGCUGCCGAGUGUGGUCCGGCACUUCUCGACCCGGAUUGAGAGCGCAGAUUUUGAGAGGUGGUAAAAAUUUAGGAAGAGGACUAACUCUAUCAUUAUUGACCUUUCUGGGUUACGAUGUUUACAGAAACAUUCCAGGAUUUCUUGUAGUUCAUGCUGAUGAAAAAGUGGAAGAAAUUAUAGACCGGGCUGACUAUCUUUAUGGCACUGGAGAAGUGGAAAAACUUUAUCACCUCCUUAUUGACCACAAGAACAGUACAAAUGAUGAGCUCCUGUGGCGCCUAGCUCGUGCAUCACGAGAUUUGGCACAGUUGGAAAGCACUUCUGUGGAAAGGAAGAAACAGCUGACAUAUGAGGCUUUGGAUUUUGCUGGAAAAGCGCUGGAGAAAAAUGAAUUGAGCUUUGCAGCUCAUAAGUGGUAUGCUAUAUGCAUCAGUGAUGUUGGAGACUAUGAGGGUAUCAAGGCUAAAAUUGCAAAUGCUUAUGUCAUUAAAGAACAUUUUCAGAAAGCCAUUGAGCUUAAUCCCAAAGAUGCAACAUCAAUUCAUUUAAUGGGAUUAUGGUGUUUUACAUUUGCAGAAUUGCCCUGGAUCCAACAGAAAAUAGCUGCUAUGUUCUUUGCCACCCCACCAAGCUCCUCUUACGAAGAGGCUCUCCAAUAUUUUAACAAGGCUGAGCAAGUUGAUCCAAAUUUCUACAGUAAAAACUUACUAAUGAUGGGUAAAACUUACGUGAAAUUAAAAAAUGAGAAGCUGGCUCUGUUGUGGCUAACCAAAGCAAGAGACUAUCCAGCACGUAAUGAAGAAGACAAGCAAGUUCAGAAAGAAGCUAACGAAUUACUGAAAUUGAUCAGCAAACAUCACUGAGCACUGUCUCGGAACAAUCAGGUUCAUUAAUACAGCCAGUGAACAUUUUGUUUAAUAUUGAAAGAUAAGUCAGUUGAUUUCCCAGAUCAAUAAAUCUAAAGGGUCUUUUUAGUAUUGUUUGUAAUCAUGUAGAAUUCUACAUGAAGUUGUACAGGCCUGACAUGGCAUUAAGCAAAUAAAAAUAUUAAUAUCAUGUAUAUCCUGCACAAUCUGUAAAACACCCGAUUUGUGUAGUCAGUAACUCAGUGAGCAAAAAAGUCAAAUAAAAUUGCAAAGCUAUUCAGCCCCAGCUUGUUGUCUCAAUAGAAAAGAAUAUACAAGGCCCAUUUCCACUGGAAAUCUGACCAUAACAAAAGAAAAAAAACACACUAUUUUAUUGUCUUGUGAAGAGAUGCACUUUCAAUACUCAGAUUUCCAACAAAAAAAUUCUUAUGAAAAGAUGUUUCCGACAUGUGAGAUAAAAUGGAAGGGACCAUGGGUGAUUCAUUUUAUUAUUUUAAAGUUCACUGUGAUCUAUAACUUUUUUUUUAAUAACAGCUUGACAGGAUAGCUUUCAGAACAAAAAUGUAAAAUAAAUACGCAGAAAAGGUCAGGAAGAAAUCAGUCAUUUUAUUAUUCAACUUUCCUACCUGCAAUUACUAGUCAGGUUUAAAAAGAGAAUUUUAUUAUGAGCACCCAACAGAAGCUAAAUAAGUGGUAAUAUUGAUUUACUAGAGUAGAGAUGACUUAGUUGGGUAAUGGCACCGACUGAUCACUUUUGUUUACUACAAUUUUUUUUUUGAAAAAUUGUAAUGGGAAAAACUGACCAAACAAGUAUUUACAAAAUUUUUACAAAUUAAAAACUUUAAUUACAAUGUUUAAAUUUAAAGCAUUACAAACAUUACAUUUCAAAUAUUCAUAUCUCCCCAUUUACUGCAUGGAAGCACGGUGUGUUAGAAGUUGCAGUUCCAUAUAAUUCACAAUUAUUUUUAAAUAUAUUUUUGUUACAUGUAAUUAAGUAAAUGCCCUCAAUACUGGUGAGACUAUUUUAAAAUCAUUUUAUUACAUGUUUUGAAACUUCUGCAUUUGAGGAAAAAAUAAAUCAUGAUAUUUCUAGCAAAAAUGAAGACCUAUUAGAAAUUAUAUUUGAAAGACAAAAAAACCUAUAUAUAGAAUGCAAUUUACACAACAGCCAUUAAAAAAGCAAGUAUAACAUUGCAAUGAGGAAACCAAUUACACAACAUUCCUUAAUGUGCAAAAUUUAUUUUUAUUCCUGAUUGAUUAAAUGUAACUGUAAAAGGCUGAACAUAAAAGCAGCAGAGGUAAUAAUUUGCAUAAUUACUUAAAUUGUCCACAUUAGCUUCUUGUUUAUAAAAUUACAUUUGUAUUUUGGGGUACUACCCAGUACUUUUGCUUUCCUUUUUUUAGGUCUGCUAUACACGAGACAUACAAACAGCAAUAACACAAGAAAGUAAAAGAAAACCUCAUGUCAGCAUUUACACAUUCUAUGAUCUCAACAAGCCAGCAGCAUUAAUUCUAGAUACUUGUGUGUUUGGCAUAAGCCUUAAAUACUUUAGUGAAAGCCAUGCGAGAAAUAACCCUGGCUGAUUUGUUACAUCAGUGGAAACUGAUUUAUAGGGCAUGUGUUUUCUUCUGGAAGAUGCAACUUACACUAAGGGGGCCUAUUAGCACACCUACCAAAUCUCAAGUAAGCUCUAUAAAACUAGAGCCAUUGAUAUUCUAGCUGUUCCUGCUUUUUUUUUUAAAAAAAAAUCAUGUUUCAGAAAGCAGCUAAACUGUUUUCUCCAAGACACUCAUUUUAAGGGAAAACACAGGUAUGUAAAAUACUACGUAUGGUUCAAGACAAAGUUGCAUAAUGAUUGAGGAAGGAAAGCAGCUCAGUUCUAUAGGAUUCCAGAAGUGAAUUACUUCUCUAGGCAAAUAGCUUAUAUACAACAGUGGGCAUCUGUGCAACUGUAGAUGGUUGGAUAGGAAAGAGUUACUUGAUGUCAUCAAGAACAUGUGCUGCUUCUAUUCCUGCCCAAAUCCUUCAGUUUCUUCGAUUGCAAAAAGCAAUUUCUCUUUCAACUGUUCAUAGCUUUUAUAAGGCGGUAAGUCCAGGCGAUUAAAGCUGUUAAACAAAACACAAAUGAAUAAAUAUUUAGCUCAAUUUAAACAAUCUCGGUGUUCUGAAUAAAUCAAUCAAACCACAUAGGGUUACCAGCAAAUGUACUGCAGAAUUACUAUUCUUUCUCUUGGUACUAGUUGACCCAACAUUAUUCUGUAUCUCUUGGAUCUUGAUUUACAUUUUACAUGCAUCUCCUGGAGAAAGUGCUCUUUCCUUGCAAGCCAAAGCAGUUAAUAAAUUAGAGAAGCCAAAAAGAUGGAAAACAGAAAUCAUAUGAAUGCAAGGAAACUUAUCUGUGGAUAUGUUUACCUUUGUGAUGCUGUGUCUGACAAUACCAAAAUAUAAAUUGUAUACCACACCCUCCCACCUAAGCAUGCAUAUCACCUUCAAAAAGCAG